AAACUGGCAAUGGCGUCGUGUCGGGGAGCGACAUGGCUGGUCCUAGCGGCGAUGAUGUUGACAGCAGAAGUUGCGAGCGCCUUCAGAUGUCCAUCACUUGCGCUGGGAAGAGCAGGAGCGAGGGGAGGAGCACGGGCUUGUUCUUCGUGGAGAGCAGACUUCAAAGUGUUCUUUGAUGUUGUAGUGGACGAGAAACCAGCUGGGCGCAUGACUUUCAAGGUGUCGCAAGACUUCUUGCCCAAGACAACUGAGAACUUCCGAGCACUUAUGAGUGGAGAAAAGAGGAUCAUCGACCCUCUGCUUUCCUAUCAGAACUGCCAGUUUGAGUAUGGCCCGCAGUAUGUGGAAGGGACGGGCAACUACAAGGUCCGCUCAACGACAGGGGAGGAGGAAGAAAGGAGCAUGACGGGAAGUGCAGUGGUCGCAUGUCUGCAAAGGAAGGGAAAGAACGUCUUCGGGAAGGAGAAGAUCGCCGAGCCCCAGGACCUCGUCACCUGCCGUCACAAAUGCCCUGGCCCUGGCGGGGGAUACUAUUAUGGCAUGGAAGUAGAUCUUGUCAACGCUGAUGCACCUGAUGAGGAAGACGAUGCUGGGCGCAAUCUCAUCUCAACACAACUGCAGAAGCCUCUCGGUCUCAUCCUUGAGGAGGAGCCGAGCGGUCAAGGAGUGUUCGUCGCUGAGGUUUCUCCCGGCAGCAAUGCGGAGAGGAGCGGAAACAUCUUGCCGGGGGACUCGGUUGUGAGGGUCGGGGAGGAGGACUGCUCAGCUGCGACUCUUGAAGACGUGCUCAACCUCAUCGGCAAUGCCAAAAGUUUCGUUUCCGUCACAUUCUGCCGGUCUGAACCGUCGAUGGCGAGUGACGUGACAGUCUUGACCAUCCCUGUUGGAGGCCCUGGUCAUGGCAUGUCAAGAUUCGACAUCAUCCGCGUGAGCGACUCCCCGUCCUCCUGGAAGCAGCGCUUGCUGCUGAAUCAAGCGGUCAUUGGGAGGAUGGAGGAAACGACUCAUGUCUUCUGUCAACUGAGACUGACAUGUCGUCAUCAGAGCGGCAGGAAAACUCUCCAGCUGAUGGCAAGGGCUAGGAAGGCGCCAAGGAUAGUUGACUGCGGGGUCUUGUGAAAAUGCAGGGGGAGCUUCACAUGGCAACGGAUUUUCUCUCUAAGGUUGAGAAUUACAAGAGCCGGCGGCUUCUAUACCGAC